AUGGCCGGACUCACGCCUUCUCCAGACAUUAGUCCCGUGUCAGCAGCAACCACCAAUGGUCUCUUUCCGCGAGAUUCCUUCUGCCUUAAUCUUUCCACUCUGCCGGACGCAAGCAGCUUCAUGCUCAAAUCUGCAUUGCGAUCUCCCCAUCUCUUCGAGUCUCCGAAUGGCCUUUUCUUUGGUGGUGGUGGACUGAGCAAUUCAUACCGGAAGCGCCCCCGUAAUAUGUCUCAAUCAUCCGGUACCGAUCGUGAGAUGUCCACAAACGGCACACCGCCCGCAGCGAACCAGGCAGGAAGCACCGCGCCCACAAGUACCAUUUCCAACGGCACAGGCAGCGAACUGCGACCUCCAAACAAGAAACGUCCCAGCACCGACACAAUCGAUUAUCCACGACGACGAGCAACUAUCGCGUGCGAAAUAUGUCGGUCCAGGAAAUCACGAUGCGACGGCACAAGGCCAAAAUGCAGGCUUUGUACAGAACUCAACGCAGAAUGCAUCUACCGGGAGCCAGGUAUCAAGCUGGACGCAGGCGACAAGCUGAUCUUGGAGCAUCUCAACCGCAUUGAAGGUCUUCUGCAAACAAGCCUCACCAGCACUUUCUCACUAGCAACACAUUCUCCAACCACGAGCAAUUCUACGAGUGAGGACUUCCUCGGCCGCAGCAACGGCCACAUGCUCAAUUUAGGUAUGGUCCAGCCAAUCAACGGUAUUGGUACGUGGACCAACCAUCCUUCCAACAUCUCGACCAUGCCAAAGACGCACAACACGGCUGCCUUGAACCUGCUAUCUUCCCCUAUGAUUCGAGAGCUGGUUUCCCGUCCAUACGACCCGAAGAUCCUGCUUCAGCUGGAGAUGAGCCGAGAGCCGGUCAGUCUUGGGACAUCGCGAGGAUUAGAUCUGUCGAACACUGGCCCGUACGUCCAGGCGUACUUCGAGCGCGUGAACGUCUUCUAUGCUUGCGUAAAUCCAUACACCUGGAGCAGCUACUAUCAGACCGCCCUUGCCCAUGGAUUCCGAGGAGGACCAGAGAGUUGUAUAGUACUUCUAGUUCUUGCGCUUGGCCAUGCCGGCAGCACUGGAAGCAUAACGCUACAGAACCCUGAGAAGGAACCUCCCGGCUUACCAUAUUUCGCUGCAGCAUGGGAUCUGCUUCCAAGCGUGAUGACUAGGAACAACAUGGUUGCUGCGCAGUGUCAAAUUCUAGCGGCUGCUUACUUGGUAUAUCUGGUGCGACCUGUGGAAGCAUGGAACGUUUUGUCAGGCGCCAGCAUGAAGCUGCAAUUACUUUUGAGUGCUCCUGGACGAGUUUCGCCAGCUGAAGAAGAGCUGGGCAGGAGAGUGUACUGGAAUGCAGUGAUGAUCGAAAGUGAUCUUCUCGCCGAGCUCGAUCUCCCACACUCUGGCAUCUCACAGUUCGAAGAGGGUUUCUCGCUGCCGACUGGCUUCGAAGAUAUGGGCACUGAGGCGGUUGGCCGAGACGAGCUAUGGUACUUCCUUGCAGAGAUUGCCCUCCGGAGAUUGCUGAAUCGAGUGAGCUCGAUGCUCUAUAUUCGGACCACACCGUACUCGAAAGGUCCUGCUGCCACGUCGAUCGCCCAACUAGAUCCGUUAGUGGUGGAACUUGACUUCCAGCUGAAUCAGUGGUACGCAGGCUUGCCGCCCGCGAUGCAGUUCCCACUUGAUCGAGUUCCCUUGCAGAACCCUGUACAGACCGUACUGAGGCUACGAUACUUCGCCUGCCGGACGAUCAUCUUCCGACCCUACGUACUGCUUGUUCUUCAAGACGAGAGCCUAGCACUGGACUCAAGUGUCCAAGACAAUUGCCACAAAUGCCUAGAGGCAUGCGUACGCCAGCUAGAGUACAUCACUGCGCACCAUGCAGGGCAUCUGCCUUACCUAUUUCAAGGCGCACUUUCAAUUGUCUCGCAGACUCUUCUCAUCAUGGGCGCAACCAUGACUCAGUCACUGUCACAACUCCUCCCUCCACCAGCGACCAUGGACGACAUCAUCAACAACGUUGUGUUGGAGAUGGAACGCUAUGCACACCUCGCUCCCAGUAUUCGUCUCUCUGCUGAGAUUGUCCGCGAAGCCGAGGGCAAGCGACAGAUGUGGCUUCGUACCGCUGGACUGAAGUUCGACGCUUGA